AUGUCAAGAAGAGGCUUACGAGAUGAAGAAAUCGAACGAUUAUUGUGUGAAAUUCCAUCAGACGAGGAUUCCACUGUUGACACCACAGAUGACGAAUCUGAUUAUGAAGCAAGCAUUGUUGCGGAGGCUAUUGUGUCGUCUGAAGGCGAAGUUUCAGAGAGCGAGGAAGAAAGUGAGUCCACUCCGCCAAAACGCGCUGCUGACACAGCGCCAACUUGGGGACAACAAUUCAAUGCUACCUCAGGAAUGCAGUUCGACAGUGAAUCAGGACCAAGUGCUUUUAUUAGGGACAUUGAUGAUCCAGAACCUAUCGAUAUAUUCGAAAAAAUAUUUCCAAAAGAGCUAGUUGAGCUAAUCGUUUUCCAAACAAAUUUAUAUGCGACGCAAUCUGGCAAGUCUUUCACUCCAACAACUGACAAUGAAAUACGAACUUUCCUGGGAAUCAACAUUUUGAUGGGUAUAAAGCGUAUGCCAGCAUACAGAGACUACUGGUCUAGUGCCCCAGAACUUCAUGAUCGUUAUAUUGCAUCUCUGAUGGCAGUAAAUCGGUUUGGAUGGUUACUGAGGAACAUUCAUCUGAAUGAUAACACAUUGCAUCCAGAAAAAGGACACCCAGGUUAUGACAAACUGUACAAGCUGCGACCAGUGAUCAAGAUACUAUCUGAAUCUUUUUCCAAGUGUUACCAACCCAGCAAACACCUAGCAAUUGAUGAGUCAAUGAUCAAAUUCAAAGGCCGCAACAGUAUGAAACAAUACAUGAGAGAUAAACCCAUAAAGCGUGGUUACAAAGUGUGGAUGCUGUGUGACAAGACCUCUUACAACUUGAAAUUUGAUAUUUACACCGGAAAAGUAGGUGACACAGUGCAAACAGGCCUUGGGGAGCAUGUAGUGCUGAGUUUGUCCUCUGAACUCGUAAAUAAAGGCCAUUAUCUUUAUUUCGACAACUAUUUCAAUAGCUAUAACUUGUUGGCUGGUUUACAGCAGAGAAACAUAUAUGCCUGUGGGACAGUUCAACCAACAAGGAAACAUUUACCCAAAUUAAAAACAGACAAAGAAUUAAGCAGAGGUGAAUUUGACUGGAGGGUCAGCAACUGUGGCAUCCUCUACUUGAAGUGGAAAGAUAAGAGAGCUGUUCAUCUCCUUUCAAAUUUUCACAGUCCUGAAGUUACUACAGUGACUCGCCGUGAAAGAGAUGGUUCACGCAUAGAGCUACCUUGUCCUCAAGCAGUGAUGGAUUACAAUGCACACAUGAACAAUGUCGACAAGUUCGACCAACUGAAAAAAUCAUAUGAAAUAAGCCGGAGAAGUAAAAAGUGGUGGCACCGAAUAUUCUUUCACCUGCUUGAUGUCAGUAUCGUCAACAGCUAUAUAAUUUGGAAGGAACUAGGCGAUAGAGAAAAAAUGACUGCCAAAGUCUUCAGGAUGAGUAUCCUGCAAAGCUUAGUAACCCAGAAAACACCAUUGAGGCCAUCUAGACUUCAUGAGAGUCAAGUCCACGUAAAGAAAAACAAGCCAUAUGUUUCCUCACGCCAGCGUCUCGACAAUUCAUCCCACCAGCCAGAGCGUACUACCGCCAGACGUUGUGCGAAAUGCAGUACAAAAAAGAAGCAAGUGCGCACUUUCUGGAUGUGCGCUGAAUGCAAAGUGCCUCUGUGCCUUAGCAAAACAAAAAGGUGCUUUCAAGAUUUUCACAAAAAGGAAUAA